UCAAACCAGAGGACAGAUCAACAUGGACUCCUGUCCUCAGAGGAAUAGGGACGAUCUUCCCCCAACGGGAUCAUUUGUGCUUGCCUUGGAAAGAUGAGUCUGAUCUGGAUGCAUAGAUGUCUAGGGUGAAACAGGACAGACACGGUUUGCCCAGCCAAGGAACCACGGAAUCAGGUCUCCUGGGAGGAGCAAAAACCAGAAAUUGUAAACUCUUAGGUUUCCAGCAGCCUUAUCAGGUGAAUAAGGAAGAUCACCUCCUGACAGGUGCAGGAAUCUCAAGCUUAUCACAGCAGUUUAUCUUUGGAUGAAGAUCAGAUGCCCCAUGACCUGCAACCAGGAAAUUAUUCAUCCUGGAAAAGGCAUCAGUUAAAGGACUGUCUCUAACCUAGAUGAAAAGACCCUUAUUAGGUACUCUUAAGUAGCUCUUGCACAGCAAAACUGAAAGGAAUUGACUCUUGAAUUCAGAUUUCCCACUUAAGAAGGGUAUCUUCACUGGACUGGCCUACAGAAAGGACUACUGACUGCAAAUGACACCCACAUCAAGAUGAGAAGGAGAAGAAGAUGACAGCUGUGGUAGACUGUUGACCCAAGAAUCUAGACCAGGGCAAGAUGAGCUAACAGACUGCAAGCCAUGGACCACCUGGCCAGAGCAUCAUAAACCAGGGACAUCCUGACUUUCAAAACUACAAUGAAGAAAUGUCACAAGACAAUUAAUUCCAGCCUGUUUGUUCUUUAACAAAAUCCUAACUCAAAGACCGAGUUGAAGUGUAUCUGAGGUUUAUCUUCCACUCCCUUGCUUGGAGCACUGUGAUAAACACUGUACUUUCCUUCACCAAAAACUGGUGUCAGUAGAUUCGCUUUGCUGUGCCUCAGGCGGGAUGAGUUCCAUUUGGUAACACAACCGCUCAGCUAGUAGUGUGGCAAUCUGUGACCGUGGGUGCCUAUGUGGCCAUUCAUUUUAGCUACUAGGGGCCUCUUGAGACCUCAUGUGCCACAUAAGAUUGUGUGUGAAGACCAGGAUUGCCUGUGUUCUGGUGGAACACCUGUGAUUCCAUGUGGCUUCCUGUGACUUCAUGUGACCCUGUGUGGCAGCCUGUUACCACAUGGAGCCUCCUGUGACCUUGGGUGGCCUCAGAUCCAAUCUUCCCAGAAAGAGAGAUCUGAGGUCCCCAGAGAAUAUGGGCACUAUCCGGCGUAGCUGCCCCUUUUCCAGUUCCUAAAUAGACCCUCACCGCCCUCUCUCCUCUUUGGCUUGCAGACCUGACAUCCAGAGGCUCCUGGUGUCUGAAAACUGGGGUCCUAGGGAGCGUUAGCGUCAGCGGGAACCGGCCCACCGGCAAGUGUGCCUCCUAGAACAGGUGACCGCGACCUCUCUGCCACCCGAGCCCGCCCAGCCAUAAAAGCCAGCAUCGCGCUGGGUAGGGGUAAGGGUCGCGCGUUGGUGGGGUGCGCGCGGCGUCGCGCUCCUACGCUCGUCGCCCGUGCUGCCCUCUCCUGCCGGUUUCCCCAGAACUCCGGGUCGUGACGUUAGGCGGGGCGGAGAGGGCCGGUCGGCUCUGCAGCCUGGCCCCUCCCCCGCCCGGGGCCUCGGCGGUUCCCACGCGGCUGUGAGCGUGCGGAGCGCCCGGACCUGGACCGCGGCAGGGCUGGAAGGGGGCUGGAAGGGGGCUCCGGUGCAGAGCGGGCCCGUGGCGCCCUCCCCCUCCCGCCAAGACACCGCAGCCGCGCGCGGAGGCGGGGCGCUGCGGAGCCGGGCGAGGGGGGGGGGGCGGGGGCUAAAAAUACCCGGCGGCAGCGGCUGCGCGGCUUCUGCUGGGGCUGCGGGGCUGUGGGCCGGGGAGGUCGUGCCGGGCCCAUCUGGGUCCCGCUGAGCGACAUGCUGACCUUCUUCCUCGUGUCGGGGGGCUCCCUCUGGCUGUUCUCGGGAUGCAGACCCUGAGGAUGUUGGACCCUGAGGUCCCACAGCAGGUCAAGGACGUGACCGGGACUGACCUGGGGCUUCCUGAUCCUGAGUUCAUCCUCUCGCUUCUGGAGAAGAUGCAGACUCAGGAGAUCCUGAGGAUGCUGCGGCUGCCCGAGCUAGGCGACUUGGGCCAGUUUUUCCGCAGCCUCUCAGCCACCACCCUCGUGAGUAUGGGUGCACUGGCUGCCAUCCUCGCCUACUGGUUCACUCACCGGCCAAAGGCCUUGCAACCACCGUGCAAUCUCCUGAUGCAGUCAGAGGAGGUGGAGGACAGUGGUGGGGCCCGGCGAUCCGUGAUAGGGGAUGGCCCUCAACUGCUCACCCACUACUAUGACGAUGCCAGGACCAUGUACGAGGUGUUCCGCCGUGGACUUAGCAUCUCAGGGAAUGGACCCUGUCUUGGCUUCAGGAAUCCCAAGAAGCCUUAUCAGUGGCUGUCCUACCAGGAGGUGGCCGACAGGGCUGAAUUUCUAGGGUCUGGACUUCUCCAGCACAAUUGUAAACCGUGUACAGAUCAGUUUAUCGGCAUUUUUGCACAAAAUCGACCAGAGUGGAUCAUCGCGGAGCUUGCCUGCUACACAUACUCUAUGGUGGUGGUCCCGCUCUAUGACACCCUGGGCCCAGGGGCAAUCCGCUACAUCAUCGACACAGCCGACAUCAGCACUGUGAUCGUGGAUAAACCUCAGAAAGCCGUGGUUCUGCUGGAGCACGUGGAGAGGAAGGAGACACUGGGGCUCAAGCUGAUCAUCCUCAUGGAACCAUUUGAGGAAGCUUUGAAAGACAGAGGGCAAGACUGCGGGGUGGUCGUUAAGUCCAUGCAGGCUGUGGAGGACUGUGGCCAGCGGAAUCACCACGUUCCUGUGCCCCCGAAACCCAGUGACCUCUCCAUUGUGUGUUUCACAAGCGGCACGACAGGGAACCCAAAAGGUGCGAUGCUCACCCAUGGGAACGUGGUGGCUGAUUUCUCAGGCUUUCUGAAAGUGACAGAGAAAGUGAUCUUUCCGAGACAGGACGAUGUGCUCAUCUCCUUCCUGCCUCUGGCUCACAUGUUUGAGAGAGUCAUCCAGUCUGUCGUCUACUGCCACGGAGGGCGCGUCGGCUUCUUCCAGGGAGACAUCCGCCUCCUCUCAGAUGACAUGAAGGCUCUGUGUCCUACCAUCUUCCCUGUGGUCCCACGACUACUGAACCGCAUGUACGACAAGAUCUUCAGCCAGGCAGACACAUCAUUAAAGCGCUGGCUCCUGGAAUUUGCAGCAAAGCGUAAACAGGCUGAGGUCCAGAGUGGAAUCAUCAGGAAUGAUAGUAUCUGGGAUGAACUCUUCUUUCAUAAGAUUCAGGCCAGUCUUGGUGGGUGCGUGCGGAUGAUUGUUACUGGAGCGGCCCCCGCGUCACCAACGGUCCUGGGAUUCCUCCGGGCGGCUCUGGGGUGCCAGGUUUAUGAAGGUUAUGGCCAAACUGAGUGCACAGCUGGAUGUACCUUCACUACACCCGGGGACUGGACAUCAGGACACGUAGGAGCACCUCUGCCUUGCAAUCAUAUCAAGCUCGUGGAUGUCAAGGAACUGAACUAUUGGACCAGCAAAGGAGAAGGAGAGAUAUGUGUGAGAGGACCAAAUGUGUUCAAAGGUUACUUGAAAGAUCCAGAGAGGACAAAGGAGGCCCUGGACGACGACGGCUGGCUUCACACUGGAGACAUUGGGAAGUGGCUGCCAGCUGGAACUCUUAAAAUUAUUGAUCGGAAGAAGCACAUAUUUAAACUUGCUCAGGGAGAAUAUAUUGCGCCCGAGAUGAUUGAGAACAUCUACAUCCGGAGUGAGCCUGUUGCACAAAUGUAUGUCCAUGGGGACAGCUUAAAGGCCUUUUUGGUGGGCAUAGUCGUGCCCGACCCGGAAGUCAUGCCCUCUUGGGCCCAGAAGAGAGGAAUUGAAGGGACGUAUGCAGAGCUCUGCACAAAUAAGGAGCUGAGGAAAGCCAUUUUGGAAGAUAUGGUGAGGUUAGGAAAAGAAAGUGGACUCCAUUCUUUUGAACAGGUUAAAGCCAUUCACAUCCACUCUGAUAUGUUCUCAGUUCAAAAUGGCUUGCUGACACCAACACUAAAGGCUAAGAGACCUGAGCUGAGAGAGUACUUCAAAAAACAAAUAGAAGAGCUUUACUCAAUCUCCAUGUGAAGUUCAAGGGAAGUUCUUCUCAGUAUAAUGGACAAUGUAGCAAUAUUAUAGUUAUUUUUUGAAAGUAAUGUGUCAGAAUGAUGCAGCUGAAAAUGAAAAGCACGUGACCUUAUGACUGAGCCUCUUCCUGUCCCAAGAGGUCUUUAACAAUAUUUUCUCUCUCAUCACCGAGUAUACUUUAUUUUUAUUACAAUGAUAUUGUAGUAAGCUGCUAAAAAUAUCAGAAAUGGCAUUGUAAAAAUCAAGACUUUUCUCAAGAACUGUGUACCACUAAAAGUAAUAUAUUCUCAGUGUUCACAGAACUUCUAUUAAACAUAAAGGAAAAACA